AUGUCGCACAUCACGCUGGCCCAACAAGGCCUCGCCGCCGCCGAAGCGCGCAACUGGGAUGAAGCUAUCGAGAAGCUGUCAACCGCUUUGAAGACCUCUCAGAACCCUGCAUGGCUCGUCGCCCGAUCGAAAGCUCUUAUCAACAAGAAGCGCUUCCAAGAGGCCCUCGACGACGCCAACCUCGCUUGGCAUACCGCAUACCAACGAAACAAACGACCCCUCCUCAUCGAUGCCCACUACCGUCGUGCUGUCGCCUACUUCCGACUUGGACAAUAUGCCAACGCCGAUGCAUGCUGUGUUUAUGCUAUGCGCCUAGUUAAAGGCUUCCCGGCUGUGGAAAAAGAAGAUCCCGCGAAGAAGAACACGGACGAGAAGGGAUUCUAUAAAAUGACCUUGAAGGAUGCACAGGAAGAGUCAAAAACCGAUGAUAUCAACAAGUCACAGGGAGGGGCUCAAGGUGCACUGGGGGCCCAAAGUAACGAUGUCGCUAAUGCUAAGGAGUGGCGCAUUGCGAGCACUUUGCGUAUGCAGAUCUUGUUCGCUAUGGAUAAGCUUCCAGAGGAUGACCCUGCACGCAAGCUCACCACGGCCAACAAGCCCGAGUUGAAGGAGCUGUCGGAUGUGGGAAGCAAGAAGGUUGAGACUAAGGAACCAGCUGCUGCCACACAAACUGCCCCCAAGCCUGUUGUGCCCGCCGAUACCCCACUGCGACUGCAGGAAUUCCAGAACGACACCACUAUGACAGUGUCCAUCUUCUCCAAGGGCGUCAACAAGGAAAAGCUCCAGGUUCAGUUCAGUCCCAAAUCAGCUCACCUUGACUCAGUCAUUUGGCCCAGCGGCGAUGAGAAGCCGUUCACACUUGAUCUGUGGGGUGAGAUUGACACAGAGACAUCAACAUACAGGGUUACACCCAACAAGGUUGAGUUGGCCCUUAAGAAGAAGACACCUGGAAAGUGGGCGCAGCUCAAGGGGGAGGCGGACGAUUCUGCUCCUGAUGCUGCGGCUGCUGAGGAGGCAGAAAAGCUCAAGGUGCUCAAAGAUGCCCGAAAGAAGGCCAUGGACGACGCCGCGGCAGAGGCACCUUCUCAAGAGAACCCUGCAGAAUCUAUCAAGGCGAAAGACAAAGCCCCCGCCACGCAAGACUCUUCCAAGCCAGCUUACCCCUCAUCGUCCCGUACGGGGCCCAAGAACUGGGAUACCAUCGGCGACGAUGUUGACUCUGAUGAAGAGAAAGACGUCAACGUGUUCUUCAAGAAACUCUUCAAGGGCGCCACUCCUGAGCAGCAACGAGCCAUGAUGAAGAGUUUCACUGAGAGCAAUGGUACAAGUCUCAGCACCGAUUGGGACGACGUCAAGAAUAGGACUGUUGAGACAGUGCCUCCUGAGGGUGUCGAGGCUAAGAAGUGGUAA